UUGUACUGUAUGAAGUCACUCACUGGAAACGAGCGACAGAUAUUCUGAGGCGCUGCUCUGUCAUCGCCGUGACGUCAGUUUGUUUAACUCGCGAGCGCAGCAUGCUUGAUAUAAGAGCCGGUUCUGACAGCUAUGUCAAUGUUACUCUGUUCUGAGGGCACUUGAGAAGCAGCCGGUACCUCGCUGCAAUGACACUUACUCUUAUAUUCGUCAUCUUGAUCGCGUGUCCCGUCGACUUCACAGGGGCAAAAUGGACAUAUAAUGGACCUGAUGGAGAACACAACUGGUCCAGCAACUACCCAUUUUGUGGAGGAGCAUUUCAGUCACCCAUCGAUUUCCAAACGCAGCUGCUGAGAUACGAUCCAAACCUGCCGCCCAUCCAGGUCCAGAACUACAACCUGUCAACCAACGAACAGCUCACUCUUAGCAACAACGGCCACUCUGUGCAGUUGUCUUUGCCGUCUCACAUGUACAUCUCCAGCUUCCCUCAAAGAUAUUCAGCAGCUCAGCUCCACUUCCACUGGGGCUCUUCCAAUCUGCUCACUGGAUCAGAACAUACUGUUAAUGGCAAACGGUUUGCUGGAGAGAUGCAUAUAGUACACUUCAAUUCUGACAAGUACCCCAACAUAUCAAUGGCAGUGGACAAGCAUGAUGGACUGGCUGUGCUAGGAAUUUUCAUUGAGAUUGGAGAGUUCAACCCCGCUUUCGAUAAAUUCUUCAAAUACAUGAAUGGGAUAAAGUACAGAGAUCAGAAAAUACAGGUCACAGCAUUUAACAUUCAUGCGCUGCUACCGGCCCGUUUGGAUGAGUAUUACCGCUACGAUGGUUCUUUGACCACACCACCCUGCUAUCCCAGUGUACUAUGGACUGUGUUUAGGAGACCGGUCACCAUUUCAAGAAAACAGUUUAUGGCAUUGGCCACAGCUCUGUAUGCUUCUAAUGCCCAAGAGUCUACUACUGUGCCACUUCACGGAAAUUACCGUAAACCACAAAUUGCAGAUAACAGAGUGGUACUGGUUUCCUUCAAGGAUGGACUGUAUGGUAUUCUUUCAGCGGCAUCCCCCUUUCAGAGGAAGCAAGUCAUCCAGAAACUUCUGGUGGGUGACCUUGCAGAUUUGGCCGAUGAGGGACUCUACCAACUUCUGCCAAAGUUGGGUUCACAACCGGGAAAGGACAAGAAGUUGAAGAAGACCAAGAAGGAGGGACACUGGAGCCAGGCAACUCGGAAAGAGCAGUGGUCAAAGAACAAGGUGCAAAUCAAUACUGGCUACUCCCCUUCCGUUGGGAAGAACACACCAACACCAUGGUAUAUGGGAGCAUUUGAUACGGCUAAAGGGAUAUGCUUUGUAUCCCUGGAGGAGAAUGUCAUGCAUCAGCUCGAUAGAUUCCAUGCAAAGGGUCUGAUGGUUGAAGCUCUUAGAGAGGUUGUUUUUCCAGAGUUAAACCUCAGGAGUUACUUGCACUGCCGGUCUGAUCUAGACCUUCAGACCAUAAGAAAACUCGUACAAGGAAGAUCUCGGGAUGAAGCCGCCGAGCUCGAACAAUCACUGGCUGAAGCCAUGCUGAAGAAGAUGAGGAGGCAAAUCAACCAGCAUAGAAACCCAAACAUGAAAACCACCAUAGGGCAUUCUCAAGCUACAGUCCCGAAGGACUUCAACUCAGCCUUAACUUACCACAGACCUCAACAUGCUGAAUGGGAAGAUUAGACCCAGCGAGGGCCACAUUCCUCCCCAGAGGGCCUUAAUUUCUGCAGUAUGCUGUCACGCACAAUAUUCAUAUAGUCAACUCGGCUCCUAAGGCUAGCAUGUCAUUUGAGUAAUAUUUAUUUAGUUUGAUGGUACCCUCUAACACUGUCUUUGAGACUCAGACAAUCUUUGUCUCGAACUAGUUUUGCUUUUGCAGUAGUUGAAAUGACUUGUUAAGCAAAUAGUGUUCAUGAUAUGUUACGCAGCUGGUUAGGAAAACUUUGUAGUUACUUACUACGGACAGUAUGCUUUUGCUAGAUGGAUGUCGACAGGACCACAGAAUUUCCAGCCUUCAGGAUCCAGAUUAACUAUCUAACGAUAAGUCUAGACUAAGGGCUGGCCUGUAUUAAGCAUUAGUGAGAUUUUUGUGGGAGAAUAUGGCUCAGCAAUUUUAAUUAUUAUAUGCAAUGCACAAAAAGACAGAAGACCAGCAUGGUGAGGCAUAUUUGAAAAUUUUAUUGGGAAAAGCUCAAAGAGUCAAGUGGGACAAAGGGCACUUAAAGUAUUUUAACAUUCUCAAGUUCUCGAAUGCUGUGUGGUACUGUUUUUUGGGUGUGAUCUGAACCCAGACAGACAGCAGACAGCGUAACUUUUUUUGGAUACUGACUCAGAUUUUGGUCUAUAAAAUUCUUUGUGAAAUGUCUAGAUCAUGGAUUGUAAAAUAAACGUCAAUUAAAAAUGUAUGACUUUUUCCUCUUGUAAAGAACAAACAUGUCCCUUUUUAGAUUAUAAAUGCUUUUCAGAAGUGAUGUAUAAAUAUUAUAAAGUGCAAUGGCUUUAUAUAAGUUUAUAAACAUACUUGUAUUGAUUUAAAAGAAAAAAAUAAUCUAUGGAGCUUUUAUGAUCUGCAGUAGUUCAUAUUUCUGAUUGUAUCCACAAAUUCUGUCAUCAUUUACUUACCAUCAUGUCAUUCCAAUCCUGUUUGACUUUUUUUCUUCUACUGAGCACAAAGGAGUUUUAUGUCUGUCCCAACGAUUGAAGUCAAUGGUGUCCAAUAUA